AUGAUGGAUGACGUUAUCCGCGACGUUCACAUAACUGGCGUUAAAUACGACGUUAAACGCCGUCAAGAAGCCAUCGUCUAUGAACCGUACGAAUUCAACAAAUCCAACUUGGCCAUAACAUUGCGAGCCAAAGAUGUGGAAGGCAACGUCGACUUUGAGUGUUCUAGUGACGCUGAUCGCCACUAUUACGACUAUUACGAUUAUAACCAAGGCCAAUCCAGGCAGAGCACUGCCCCGUUCCGGUGCACCGAAGAGGGUUACCAUCCCGAUCCGCGUGACUGCAGAGUUUAUUAUAGAUGCGUGGACUGGGCCAACGGCGGUCCAUUGACGCCCUUCAGGUUCGAGUGCGGCGUAGGCACUGUAUUUUCGAAAGCGAAGGGCGAUGUCUGCGUGCAUCCAUGGGACAGCGGUCGGCCGGAAUGCGCUGGAUCGGAGAACGAUAUCGACUCGAAUCUAAAUGGUCCCGCGGAGAGCGCUCCCACGACGAUGAGAACGACCGUGCGGCCGCAGACAAGCACGACACAGACUCCGGUGACUACGCGAGCACCUACGACAACAACCCAAAUUACGACGACGACGACGACGAGGGCGACGACAACGAGAAAGCCGGAAACGACGAAUCGACCAAAUACAGACCAGUCAGCGAGCAACGUUGAUUGCCAAAACGGUCCCACGUGUACGCAAGAAGGAUUUCUGGCCGAUUCGUGCAAUUGCAGGAAAUUCUACAGAUGCGCCGACGGAGGACAAGGAAAGUUGUUGAGAUAUGAUUUCACAUGCGGCGUAGGGACUGUUUGGGAUCCGGAGAUUCAAGGGUGCAAUCACGCAUGGGCUGUUACAAGAAAGGAUUGCAAGCAAGACUUGGAGAACGGCGACGGCGGUAGCGAUAAUAACGGACAAUGGAAUGGAGAUAAUAGUGGACAAUGGAAUGGAGAUACGGGAGAUAACGGCGGACAAUGGAACGGCGAUGCCGGAGAUAAUGGUGGACAAUGGAAUGGAGAUAUCGGUGGUCCAGGCCAACCUGGUCAACCAGGGCAACCUGGAGAUCCUAAUGGUCAACCAGGGCAACCCGGAGAUCCUAAUGGCCAACCAGGGAAACCCGGAGAUCCUAAUGGUCAACCAGGGCAACCUGGUUCUCCAGGCUCACCAGGUUCUCCAGGUAGUCCAGGAACUCCAGGUAGUCCAGGCUCACCAGGUUCUCCGGGAACACCGAGCUCUCCAGGUUCUCCUGGAACUCCAGGUACGCCAGGUUCUCCCGGUUAUCCGGGAACACCGGGCUCUCCAGGUGCUCCUGGAACACCAGGUACUCCAGGUAGUCCAAGUUCACCCAGUGAUCCGGGAGCAUCAGGCUCUCCAGGUACUCCUGGACGUCCAGGAACACCAGGUACGCCAGGUUCUCCUGGUUAUCCGGGAACACCGGGCUCUCCAGGUUCUCCUGGAACACCAGGUACUCCAGGUAAACCAGGUUCACCAGGUUAUCCAGGAACAUCGGGCUCUCCAGGCACUCCUGGGAGUCCAGGAACACCCGGUAUACCAGGUUCGCCCGGUUAUCCAGGAACACCAGGCUCUCCAGGCACUCCUGGAAGUUCGGGAACACCAGGUGCACCAGGUUCGCCCGGUUAUCCAGGAACACCAGGCUCUGCAGGCACUCCUGGAAGUCCGGGAACACCGGGUUCUCCAGGCACUCCUGGAAGUCCGGGAACACCGGGUUCUUCAGGCACUCCUGGAAGCCCGGGAACACCAGGUACAUCGGGUAGACCAGGUUCACCUGGUUAUCCAGGAACACCGAGCUCUCCAGGCAGUCCAGGAACACCAGGUACGCCAGGUAGUCCAGGUUCACCCGGUUAUCCGGGAACACCGGGCUCUCCAGGCACUCCUGGCAGUCCAGGGAGACCAGGCACAUCGGGUAGUCCAGGUUCACCCGGUUAUCCGGGAUCACCUGGUUCUCCAGGUAGCCCAGACUCGCCCGGUUAUCCGGGAACACCGGGCUCUCCAGGCACUCCUGGCAGUCCAGGUACACCAGGUUCUCCCGGUUAUCCGGGAGCACCAGGUUCUCCCAGUGCACCAGGUAGUCCAGGCUCACCCGGUUAUCCGGGAUCACCGGGUUCUCCAGGUACACCAGAUAGCCCAGACUCGCCCGGUUAUCCGGGAACACCGGGCUCUCCAGGCACUCCUGGCAGUCCAGGGAGACCAGGCACAUCGGGUAGUCCAGGUUCACCCGGUUAUCCGGGAUCACCUGGUUCUCCAGGUAGCCCAGACUCGCCCGGUUAUCCGGGAACACCGGGCUCUCCAGGCACUCCUGGCAGUCCAGGUACACCAGGUUCUCCCGGUUAUCCGGGAGCACCAGGUUCUCCCAGUGCACCAGGUAGUCCAGGCUCACCCGGUUAUCCGGGAUCACCGGGUUCUCCAGGUACACCAGAUAGCCCAGACUCGCCCGGUUAUCCGGGAACACCGGGCUCUCCAGGCACUCCUGGCAGUCCAGGGAGACCAGGCACAUCGGGUAGUCCAGGUUCACCCGGUUAUCCGGGAUCACCUGGUUCUCCAGGUAGCCCAGACUCGCCCGGUUAUCCGGGAACACCGGGCUCUCCAGGCACUCCUGGCAGUCCAGGUACACCAGGUUCUCCCGGUUAUCCGGGAGCACCGGGUUCUCCCAGUGCACCAGGUAGCCCAGGCUCACCCGGUUAUCCGGGAACACCGGGCUCUCCAGGUUCUCCUGGAAGCCCAGGGACACCAGGUACACCAGGUAGUCCAGGUUAUCCAGGCAGGCCAGGAACACCUAGCAAUCAACCAGGUACAGGUGUGUGUACUGAAGAAGGCUUUUUCGGUGAUCCGAAAGACUGUCGCAAGUUUUACCGAUGCGUUGGUGACGGCACGUCAUUCACUAAGUACGAAUUUCAAUGUGGAGUCGGAACUGCUUGGGACUCAUCCGUUCAGAGCUGUAACCACGACUAUGCUGUACCACACUGUAGUCAGCAAAAUAACGUAGUGACGGGCGAGCCCGAUACAUCGCAAAAUGAAGUGGACAGUACGGUCUCAGGACCGGAUACGUCUAAAUACCCACCAACGCAACCUCCCGAAAACUCCAUUGCUCCACCAAUAUCUUCAACGUCUUCAAAGCCUGUGACUGAAACUGUAGGCACUAACAAACCCGAGAUAUCGAGCCAGACUCCGCCAGUUUCUUAUUUGCCACCAGCAAGUAGUACAAACCCGCCUUCAACCACACAAGCUGCCCCUUCUGUCUCCUACCUGCCCCCCGUGACUCAAACAACCACGUCUGUGUCCUACUUGCCACCUGAUACAUCCACAACUGCGAGACCUGCGACAUCCACUGCGAGACCUACGACGUCCACAACUGCGAAACCUGUGACAUCCACAACUGUGAAACCUGCGACGUCCACAACUGCGAGACCUGCGACGUCCACAACUGCGAAACCUGUGACAUCCACAACUACGAGACCUGCGACGAGCGCUGCGCCGAGUCUAGCAUCGUCCACCGUCUCUUCGCCUCAGAGUGGAAAAUUCGCGUGCACCGAAGAGGGCUUCUUCCCUGAUCCGGACAACUGCCAGAAGUUCUAUCGUUGCGUGCGCGGCGACUCCGGCUAUCAGAAAUUCGAGUUCCUAUGUGGCCCGGACACAGCGUGGGAUCAAUCCGCGCAAACGUGCAACUAUAUCGAUCUGGUGUCCUCGUGCUCUCCAGAGAGCAACGAAAUCGACCAAGGCCCCAGGCCGUCUAGUACCUCUAGUCCCGCGUCUCAACCUGCCAGCUCCAGUACAGAAAGUUCGUCCUCCGAAUCCUCGGAAUCCUCAGAACAGUCGUCGACUUCCGAGUCGUCGAGCGAGGGUUCAUCUUCGACCACCGAGUCUCACGCGCCUGACUGUACGACGCGAAAGCCGAACGACACGAUAGUGUGCGACAAUGCGGGCUUUUACCCGCAUCCGACCAAGUGCGACAAGUUCUAUCGCUGCGUCGAUAACGGCAACGGCUUCAGCGUGUACCACUUCGACUGUCCGUCAGGCACCAUCUUCGACCCCAGUAUCAACGUGUGCAAUUACCCCGAGUCCGUUUACCCCGCGAGAGAUUGCGUAAGCAGCCCUGCCGCGGAGACGACGACUCAGCCCGGAACGUCGGAACAGUCGACGGAGACUACUGUCGCGUCAAGCACGACAACUAGACAGCCGGAAGGAAGCACGUCCACCGAGCCGGUUUCCACGGUUUCGUCCGAGGAAACCACCACCUCGGAGGAGAGUACCACCGCGUCCAGCACGGAAUCGACGUCGGAGAUGCCGGGGAGCACGGAAGGUACGACGGAAUCGACGACCGUGUCAACAACCGAGUCGACAACUGAGUCGACGACCAAGUCAACGACCGAGUCGACAACCGAGUCAACGACCGAAUCAACAACCGAAUCAACGACCGAGUCGACGACCGAGUCGACGACCGAAUCAACGACUGAAUCAACGACCGAGUCGACGACCGAAUCAACGACCGAGUCGACGACCGAGUCGACGACCGAAUCAACGACCGAAUCAACGACCGAGUCGACGACCGAAUCGACCGCUGCCACCACGGAAGGCAGCACCGAUUCCAGCACCUCCGAACAGACCACCGAAGCGACGACCGAGGAGAUGUCCACGGCUUCCACGGGAUCGACGGAGCCCGAAGCGUCCACGACCGAGUCCCAAGAGCAAUCCACGACGGAAUCGCAGGAGCAAUCCACGACGGAAUCGCAAGAAUCGUCCACGACAGAGUCUCAGGAGCAGUCGACGACGGAGUCUCAGGAACAGUCGACAACGGAAUCUACGACAAGCGAACCCGUAGCCGGAUCGACGCCCUGCGCCAUAGGCAAUCUAACCGACGAACAGAUAGUCCUAGUUUGCCCGACCGGCUUCCGAAGGCAUCCCAAGUACUGCAAUCUGUUCUACCAGUGCACCUCCGAGGGCAACAUGGAGAUCAAAAUACUGGUGUUGAGCUGCCCUGAGAACACGAUCUUCGACGAGAGCAAGAUUCAAUGCCUGCCGGCGAGCAGCAGCAGCCAACCGUGCACCGGCAGCACGGCCGGCGCCAGAUUUUACAGGAGAUUGGAGGAGAAUGCGUUAACGCCCAUGAAAGUGUCGUCGAACAAACUUUGCCCCGGAGAAGGACACUUCCCUUACCGACAAGGUUGUAGCAACAACUUCUACAAGUGCAAGCGCGAUUCUCGGGACAGUUUGCAAGGAUAUCUCUACAGAUGCCCCGAGAACUUCGUUUACUGGUCAGUCUCCAGGAGAUGCGAGCGCGUGACGCGUCUGCCAAUGUGCACGCACUUAGCAUACAGAAGCAAGACCGAGUGGAACGAUCGGUGGCAAGUGCCGAUCGAGGACACCAAUCUUUCCGCCAGGAUGUUACGCUUGCCUUGA